UGUUUUAGUUUGUGCUCGGUCGAUAACUCCCUUAUUACGCAUGGUAUCUAAAAACGUUAAUUACAAUAGAUGUGGCUAACAGUACUUCAUACUUAAAAUAUUUUCAUUCCUACAGGGUGAUUCAUAACUACGUCGUGACCCAAUUUUUGUUUUCUGUAGUGAAAAGACCCACAUUUUAUGGCAGAUUUGGAUAAGCCCUUCCAAACAAACCAAGUUGAUUUAAUAUAUAUUGCGGUUUUAUUUUUGAAUUGUUGAUAUGUUGGAAAAUAUAUCAACAAAAAUACUAAGCUUUAAUAACUCGCAUCUCCGCAACUGUUAUAGCUAGAGUAUUGAACUCUUAGUCACUAGAAUUUUAUAUCAUAUUGUGUUUCCAUCCAUAUACUUUUCUCUCUCACUCUUUCAAUUCUCUUUCACAAUUUUUUUGAUAUUGGACCUAAGGGAGCUUGUACGACUGGUUUAUGACUUACCGCUAACCUUUUUUCAAUGUGAAUAACUAAUAUUACAUUGACUUUCAAAAUAAGAAAUAGCAUUGAAAUGGUAAUGACACAUUGUUAGAAUUUGUGUAUUUUUAUCGACAAUUAAAUCUACCAAACCUUAUGCAUUGAAGUCGGACAUUCAGGAAGGUGUCCUUGUGUUUUUAGUAAACUAAAAACCAGUGAUACAAACACGUAUUAGACCUAUAUCAGAAAAAAGCUUGUAACGUGUAGAAUCAAAAGGUAUGAAAAUAUAGUACACAAAGAUUAUCUUUAACUCAUAAACUAGUCAUACAAGCCCUAUAAGCCUGAUUAAAAAAAUUGCGUAUUCGACCAUCCUGCAUACAUUAUAAAAAACACCAGUAAGAGUAAGUAGGUACAGACAAAACAUAGAAUCAUGAAAUUUCUCUGACGAAAAAUUCAGUUCUCCAGUUAUAAGGGCUAUAGCUUUUUUUCGAUAAAAUGUCCAGUAUCUCAACAAUUUGAAAAAAUGACUCUGUAGUAUAUAAAAUUACUUCGUUUCAAAUGGCCUAUCCAAACCUGUCAUACAUUGUAUAGAAAUAUUUUUUAAGUUAGGAGCAUACUGCUAUACUCUCCCUGUAUAUCAUAGUUUUUCAAAAUUUGGUAGGCCGUCGCGCCUACAGUGAGUCGAAGAGCGUCUAAUUCAUUCACCAAUAACAUUAAGUUGAUACAUAUGCAAACAACCAAUGUUUUUUAAGCCGUUAUAUUAUUGUCUUACAUCUCGUAACUUGCUAAAUCAGUCCAGCUUUUAUUGAAUUAUAUCUAUCAUUGUAGAUCAAGAAAAUUACUCUGUCUACUCAGAGGAUAAGACUGAAACCGAAUACCUUCCGUCCACUAAUUACGGUUCCUCCGCGGAAACACCGAUAACAACUACAAUUUACCCUGAAGUGGAUCGAAAAAGAAAUAUGUUGAAUCCAAUAUUUGACAAUCCUUCAAAGGCUGACGAAAACGAAUCGGAUGGAAAUGUCUACUGGGACCCAGCGAGGGGAUUACUGAGUAUGCCUUUAAGCCCUUUGAAAGGAAAUGAACGAGUAGAGAAUUGGCUGCAAACCCCUCAAAACGAUGCCCUUAAAUCUGUAGAAACCAGCUGUGAAGAUAAAAAAAAUACACAAUAUACUGGAAGCGUAGAAGGGGUCAAGUCAGACACUAUAUUGAACGCUGGGAAAAAAAUUGAGAUAAUACAAAAUAUUAUUUUGAACUCUGAUAAUACUCGCAAUAUAUUUUUACCUGCGGAUGAAGUCAAAACCGUGAAAGAAGGGGCACGACGUGGUGAAAGCCUUCAAAAGGGUCAGAAAGCAGAACUGACGGACAUAGAAAAGCGAACCCAUUUUGAAGACGUUAUUCCUAGACAAACAGAUUUAUUCGAGGAAGAAAUUGUAAUAAAUACCGCAGAAAAGAAGGAGGGUAAGAGGUUCAGGAAUAAAGUGCAUUCAUGUUAUUUUUGUAUGAAGCUGUUCCAGAAUGUGCCAAGACAUUUCGAAACGAUUCACUCAUCUGAAACAAUAGUUGCCAAGGUAUUGGCAAUGGAGAAGAACUCCAAAAUAAGAAAGAAUGCCUUCGCAGAGUUGAUACGGGUAGGUGACUUUAACCACAAUUGCGAGGUUUUGUCACUAAAAAGAGGAGAGUUGAUCCUAGUUCGGCGACCCACCGAGCUAGAGGCUAAGUCUCUAUCUUACAGCGAUUAUGGACCCUGUCCCAAAUGUUUGGGUUUUAUGCUAAAAAGACACCUCUGGCACCAUACCCGAAAUUGCGAGCUUCAAGGUAAUGGAGAACCAAAUGGUAGCAAAAUGGUUGUUGCAGAGAGUAAUGCAAUUCUGAACGAAAUAUUUGGUAAACAGCUUUCUAGAGAAUUUUCAUUGGAGAUACUUGGGAAGAUGAGAGAAGACGAUGUUGGAAGAUGCUGUGUUAAUGAUUCGCUUAUAAUAAAAUUUGGCGCUCUCAUGUUUGAAAAAUACGACGUCACUCAAGGGGCUCUUAUUCGCCAAUCAAUGCGUCAACUAGGUAAGUAAGCUUUUUGCUGUUGUAAUGCUGUUUAAAUGAGUAUGUCGUCAACUUAAAUACCUUUGACAUAAAUAAUAAAAUAAUUGUUCAUGAAGCAUGAAGCAGUAUUUAAAUAAAAUUCUUCUGUUUUUUCCAAAUUAAAGGUGGGGAUGCUUAAUUAUAUAAACUAUAUGUGAAAAGUAGCAUAAAAAGUAUUGUCUCCUCUUCUAAAUUCUAUAUCAUGCUGAUAGAACUCUCCAUGUCUUUACCACAUACAUUUUUCGGAUACCACGUUUUAAUUUGAAAAUGUCCACAGUGGUGGCCCAAAUUUCAGUAAAAAGUAAUUUAUAAAUAUGUAGUUUCAUUCGGUUGAAAAUUCAUGGAGUAAGUAGAAUAUCGCUUGUUCAUUAGGUUGCUUUCCCAACGCGGCAUCAAAAAAUAAUGAUGUUGCAAGGUUGCAUAUUAUUUGCAAUUGUAUCGAAAAAUCACAAUUACAGGAAGGCUGUUAUUAACUUUGAAUAAGGAGAACGGGACCCAGCAGAAUCUCUCAGAGUAUAUAAUUCCCCAAAAAUUUGAUCAAAUCGUUAAAUCCACGAAAAUACUUUGUGUUACUCACACCGACAGCGUUAAGAGACCCGAGUUUGAUACACCAUCCUUAGCUCUGAAAAUUGGAUACUCUCUCAAAAAGUGUGCUGCAAUACAGAGAGGUGUUGCACUUAGAAAUGGCGAUCUUAAGAAAGACGAAAUUGUAAAAGCGUUUUUAAACCUUCUGGAGAUGGAAUGGGCAUCACGCAUAUCUUCCAAUGCUCUUAAUACUUUGUACAGCCGAAAGAUGAACAAAACUCAACUACUACCUAUCACUGAAGAUCUGUUAAAGCUUAACACAUUCAUUAGUAACUCUAUCAAAAUGUACAAGGAACGCCUACAGACAUUUUCAGAUUCCGAAAGCUGGAAAAUGCUAGCGUAUUGCUUACUGGCAAGAAUAAUACUUUUUAAUAAGCGCAGAUCUGGGGAAGCCGCAAGAAUAACUAUAGAUAGCUACAACUCAAAACCUCAAUGGAGUGAACAAUCCACGACUGAGUUGAAAAAUUCCCUAACACCAUUUGAGGUGAAACUUGCCGAACGAUUAGCGGUAGUAGAAAUUCCUGGGAAAAGGGCCAAGAAAGUACCAGUUCUUCUUACGGAUGAGGUUAGGGUAGCGCUCGACUUGUUAAUAUCAAAAAGAACAGAUUGUGGAAUAUCUGGUAAUAACCCAUAUAUAUUUGCUUGCUCGAAGAAUUCGACUCAAUCCUUAAGGGGGCAUGAUUGUCUUUCGAAGAUGUGCAAACUGGCUGACUUGAGAAAUCCUGAACUGAUUACAGCUACUAAGCUAAGAAAAUAUGUGGCUACCGUAUGUCAGGUGUUUGAUCUGACUGAAACCGAAUCUGACUGGUUAGCAAGACAUUUGGGCCACGACAUACGGGUCCACAGAGAAUUUUAUCGCUUACAUGAGAGCACCGUGGAACUGACCAAAGUUAGUAAAUUGCUGAUGGCGGUUGAUGAAGGAAAAGUGAGCACCUUCGCUGGGAAGUCACUAGCAGAUAUAGACAUAGACGAUUUACCACAAAUAGGGGAAAGUGAGAAUGGAUCGGAUUGUGAGGCAGAGUUGGACGGUCAAAUUUCACCGCAAGACAAUCCACCUACAGAAGUCUCAAAGAAUGCAUCUCCUACAGAACUCCCAAAGAAUGCUUCUCCAAAGCGGACUUUACAGAAAAGAGGUAAACAACCAUGGACACCAAAAGAAAAGGAAGCUGUCCUGACCUAUUUCAAAAUUAAUAUCAGGAACUCAAUAGUACCAGGGAAAGUAGACUGCAUGAAAUGCAUCGAAGCACAUCCUCUGCUGGAUCAGAGAGACUGGAAGAAAAUUAAAUAUGCAGUGAAAAACGUCAUAGAUAAAAACAAAAAGCUAAAAAAGAAACAUACAAUGUAACAAGUUUUAAUUUUGCGGUUUUUUUUGCUCUGCAAUACAGUAAGAAGGGCCUGUAAGGCUAUUUGUUGAACUAAUUAAUUUUUUAACGAAAAAAAUCCUAAAUAAGUUUUAUUAUUAUUCUAUUCAUUGUGUAGCUACUAUUAACAUGCACAAAAUAAAGCCUUAAGGCAUGAAGUUCAUGAAAAUUGGCCUUAAAGAAUUAUUCUAAUAAAUUGUUGUUUAAUGACUCAAAUCGACUGAGACUUCCUAGGAGAGACCAAUUUUUUCAUACCUUUUCGCCAGGAAACAAACCAAGUCAUAAAGACGCCUUAGAGACCCUCCUUUUAUAAAGAUGUAACUGUACGUGUUUAUUUUUUAUUUAGGAAACUACUUUACGCUUAUAUUUCUUGCACUGUGAGAGAUUUUAAGUUUUUGGGUGGGUCCACAUGGAUCCACAGUGAGAACACGACUAUUACCAUAGAUCAGACAAUAUCAACACGACCGCACAUAAAACCUGAUUUCAUUGGUUGCUAGGAGCUGUGUUAUAAUAACCAAUCCGUAUGCGCGUAUCUUUGUGGACUCACCCUGUAUAUUUUUUAUGUUGUCUGAUUGUGUUCACUGACAUUUAAAUAUUAAAGUUUUGGAUGACAUUAAUUGUUUAAAAAAUAAAGAAUUAAAACUAUAUUGCGCCUGCCAUCAACCGCAUUUCAUCCUCAUACAUUUUUGGUAUUAUCUUGAAAUACCCAGGAUUCUUGAAGUACAUCCUACCGUAUACGUAUCCUUAAAGCCAAUGAGAGUAUCGUUUGAUAUGUGCUUGAAUAUCACUUAUAUAUCAUUGUGGCGACAAACCGAUAUGACAACAUUGCAAGAACUAAACACUCCUAUUAUGGAGACCUGAAGGUACACACAGCUCAUCUUUCAAUAUUAGUGGCUACUCAUACACUCUGUUCACAAAUGUAGGUUGUUAUGACACCCGUAGCCACAAUAUAAUUUAGCUGUUUUUAAUUGUUAAACGGAGUGUAUACCGUUUUUAUUGAUACCAGACUACUGCGCA